GAACCGCUGCACCAAGCGGCGCACCAACCACUGCCCCAGCUCACCAGCAUGUGCGCAUGUGUGUGCGCUUGGCUGCACGUGCAGGUGUCCUUCCCCACGCUUCGCCUGGCCAUCCUCUCGGCGAGCAGCGGCACGCUGACGCCCCAGGGCCCGAACGUGAAUGCGCCCGACCCCGAAUGCCCCAACCGUUUGGACCUCGGCGCCUCACGCGUCCUUGCUAAAUCCUUCAGCGUCGCGUUCGAGAUCAGCUGCACCCAAGCCUCCGCAGCCGCCUCAUCGGGUGAGGUGCUGUUCAAAGUCACCUCCGCGAGCGCUGGCCCCUCCCGCUGGUUCCAGAACUCUGUGUCCAUCCCGCUGGCCACCUCGGGCUGCGACUCCACCUGCCUCGGCAGCGGAGGCGGUGCCGAAAGUAAGUGGCUCAGGUACCCCUCCAUCGCCAAACCCUUCUUCACCAAGCCCGCCGUCACCGGGACCAUUCCCGCCGCAGCCGUUGCCGUCGCCGCAUCCCCCUUCUCCCCGCCCACCACGCCCGCCGUCACCGGGACCAUUCCCGCCGCAGCCGUUGCCGUCGCCGCAUCCUCCUUCUCCCCGCCCACCAUACCCGCCGUCACCGGGACCAUUCCCGCCGCAGCCGCUGCCUUCGCCGCAUCCUCCUUCUCCCCGCCCACCAUACCCGCCGUCACCGGGACCAUUUCCCCGCCACCCUACCCACCAUCGCCAUCGUACGGGUACGGGGACUACGGCUAUGGCCACGGCUAUGGAGGUUGCGGCUAUGGAGGUUACGGCUAUGGCCACCGCCAUGGAGGUUACGGGUAUGGCCACCGCUAUGGAGACUGCGGCUAUGGCCAUGGCUACGGGGGCUACGGCUAUGGCCACGGCUAUGGAGGUUACGGCUAUGGCCACGGCUAUGGAGGUUACGGCUAUGGCCACGGCUAUGGAGGUUAUGGCUAUGGCCACGGCUACGGGGACUAUGGCUAUGGCCACGGCUAUGGAGGUUACGGAAGCUAUGGACAGUACAGCCAUGGAUACUAUGGCGGGUACGGCCCUGGGCACGGGUAUUGAGGCACGGGCGGCGUCGGUAUGUAAUUGUUUGUACUGACCGCGAUUUUGGGAUGUGGGACAGAACGGUCCAAGCAGGUGUGGCCCCAUGCAAAUGCCAGGAUGCAGAUGUGAUGUGUUGUGACGGUGCCAGCUGAGUAAUAGUGCGAAGCCAUGUGCUCCGGCCGCAAUGUGCUCUCUUGCUUCGACUAGCGCUCCAUGUAACUCUGCAGCCCA